AUGAUAUCGCAUCAGAACAUCAUUGCCAACAUCAUCCAACAAUCCACUUACGAAUCGGUCGGCCGGGCCAAGAAGGGUGUCAAAACACAGCCAGUUCUUGGCGUUCUUCCUUUCAGCCACAUCUACGCCCUGAUAGUGGCAGCGCACACAGCAACGUGGCGCGGUGAUGAGGUGAUCGUCCUCCCAAAGUACGAAUUUGAACCGUUCCUCGCAGCGGUCCAACGAUUUCAAAUUCAAUUGCUCAUUGUAGUUCCCCCUAUGAUCAUUCAAAUGAUCAGAGGGAGUGAUAUUUGUAACAAGUAUGAUCUAAGCAGUGUUCGAUUCGUGUUUAGCGGGGCCGCACCUCUUGGAGAAGACACGAUGGAGAAGCUUGAGCAGCUUAUUCCAACGUGCACAGUAGGCCAGGCUUAUGGCAUGACGGAAACUUCAGUGGUGGUGUCAGCCCCGAGUGAGCACGAGGUUGUGAAGCGAACUGUUGGAUCUCUGCUCCCCGGAUGCCGUGCCAAAAUCAUGGGCUUUGAUGGGACUGAAAUCAAAGAAUACGACAAACCUGGAGAGCUAUUUGUGCAGGCACCCUCGGUGGUAUUGGGCUAUCUGAACAACGAGAAGGCGACCAGUGAGACUUUUGUUCAUCACGAUGACGGCCGCUGGAUCAGAACUGGAGACGAAGCGUUGAUGACAGUGGCCCCUUCUGGGAAUGACCACCUGGUUAUCGUCGACAGGAUCAAAGAACUGAUCAAAGUCAAGGGCCAUCAAGUAGCUCCUGCCGAGCUUGAAGCCCACCUCCUGACUCAUGCUGCCGUGGCAGACUGUGCAGUCAUCCAAGUUCCAGACGAGAGCGCAGGCGAGGUGCCAAAAGCCUUCGUUGUCAAGGGACCCGGCUUUUUGAGCAAGGCGGACGAGGAAGUCACCCAGAUCAUCAUGAAACAUGUUGCUGACCACAAAGCGCAUUACAAGUGGCUCAAGGGCGGUGUUGAAUUCAUGGACACCAUCCCCAAGAGCCCUAGCGGCAAGAUCCUACGAAGACUUCUGCGGGACCAAGAGCGAGAGACGCGAAGACGGCAGUCGGGGCCCAGCAUCACAGACUCAGCUCAGUUGCUGGCCGCAAGGAUGACGGAGAUGGUCGGCAGUUGGCUCCACUUUACUCCCCGGCAGCCAAAGCGGAAGCGGGCUGACGUGGUCUGCUUCUACUGCCACUCCAAGAAGAUCAAGUGCGAUCUGGAUAUCCGGAGGAACGAAGGACAUGCAAAAUGUUCCAAUUGCGAAGAGCCCGGCCGGGAGUGCCGCCUCCGUCCGUCCAGAAGAGGCGUGAGACGCCAGGCAGCGCAGCGUCGUGAUGGCGCUGCGGGGACAUCCGCACAGUCGCCUUCAUCGGCUCCAGACCCCGACGCCCUGUUGCCAAACGACAUCCCAGACUUCUCCAUCAGCGACGACACGACUUUGUCCACAGCCGUCGUAGCGCACGCAGUCGAGGGCGAUGCCUCGCAGGGGAUUGACGUGAUUCACUUUGGCCCCGCGCAGGACAGUCCGGCGGAUUCCCGUACCUCUCGGAGGCCCCAAGCUAGCACUUCCCCUGGGAAGGGUGCAGGCCGUAGCCACUCUGGCGAUCUUGACACGGGCUUUCUUCAGGUUUACGGACCUGAAAAUCAAUUUUUUGCGGAGCAGCAGGAACUCGAGGCCAAUCUGGAGCCUAAGGGUAGCAUUCUCGACCCGAUCCAACAAGAAUUGCAGCAGAGUUUUGCAGAGACGUAUUGGGAAUACUGCUACGCCUGGUGCCCAGUGCUCGACCGACGCACACUCGAUGAAGAGAUGUCGACCUCUCCGCUUCUUGCCAACGCUGUGGCCCUUGCUGCCAGUCAUAUUCAGCCUCCGCUAGUGCCGCACGAGGGCUCACCAAACUAUUACCGUAAGGCCAAGGCUAUAUUCUACAAUGAUCAGGAGCCAGACAACCUCACUGCUCUCAAGGCGUUGAGUCUGUUUUACUGGUGGGCCCCACAGCCUCCGACGACGGCUCAUCGCAACUCGUCCUGGUGGUGGACGUCGACAAUCAUCAGGACAGCACAGCAGAUGAACAUCCAUCGCGAACCCCCACAAGGUCACCCUUCCAGAGAGCGACUGGAUCUGAGUUUGCGCCGAAGAAUAUGGUGGACGGUCUUUGCCCGCGAGAGGUUGACGGCCUUGUGCCAAAGCAAACCUUGUAUCAUCGACCCCGACGACUGUAGCAUCCAGGAGGCCCAGCUAUCUGACUUUCCUCCCGACCCUGUAUUCCAAAAGAAAGGUCAGAUCUUCAUAUACUGGACCCGAUUAUGUGCCAUAAUUGGUCGCAUCGCGAAGCACCUCUCUCGCGCAGCAGCCGGAUCAGGGGCUGCCUUCCCGUCGCAUCUUCGGCAGGAACUCGCCGACUGGGUCCAUUCCCUACCCGCUCAUCUACAGUUGCCCAUCGGCUCUUCACGAACAGAAGCUUUUGACCGAGAUGUCCAUCAACUGUACCUCCCGUACCUCACCACGGUCAUCAUCCUACAUUUAGAGAGAUCAGCCUACGAUCUACCACAGGUGCUUCCACCUGCCAUUCUAGCAGCUUCUUGCAUCGCAAGAAUUCUGCGCGACAUACUAUCACGUGGCAAUGCGAGGUACCUCAUGGCCAUUACCUGUUGGUAUUCGGGAACUGCAUUCAUUGCCUUGCUCCAGGCAUGCCGAAUAAGCCGAUUGGCAAAGGAGGCCAACGAUGGCAUGGACGUGUUGGAGCAGACAAUGAAACAGUUACAAAAACAAUGGGGUUCCGCCGAUGUGAUUGCAAGGGGCUUCCAGAGACUGAGGAGAACCCAAGCAAGCUCGGUAGCCGCUUUUGGAGCGGGGGAUAUCUCUUCGUCUGCACAGACAACCAAGCCAUCUAACCCUUCAAUCACCGUUGGUGCCGGGCUUGCACUGAGUGAGACAGUCGACCAAAUGCCGCAUAUAGUUGACGACUUUGAUUGGACACGCCUCUUUCCGUUUGUAACACCUUCAACUAAUGGCUUGGCCGAGACGCUGCUCAACGACUACGCUCAAGGGACAAUCCCGUCGCCAAACUUCAUGUUCUUCCACAAUAAUAUCCUGAACCAGUAUCAGGACCUGCUGGAACCAUUCACAGAUUACUCACUUGACUUUUCGGAGCUUGCAUUUCAAGCCGGUUUAUAG